AUGACAGAAUCUAUAAUAUCAGGGUCGCCUCAAGCUUUUUAUGCUUUUUAUUGCCUAUACUCAUAUUUUAUGGAAACGCAAGGUCAUGAAAUGACUCUUUCAAAAGUGUGUCGAGAGCUAUAUCCAUCAGUUAAAGUUAAUCUUGAGGAAAAAACUUCUUUAUUUGUUACAUGGAAGAAAAAACCUCGUGGAAAGGACGAGUACCAGUUAAGGGGUUGCAUCGGAACAUUUUCUAAAUUACCACUUGAUGAAGGUAUUCAAAGGUUUGCAUUAGUAUCUGCCUUAGAAGACACAAGGUUUCAUCCAAUUUCGGAAAAUGACUUAACACGCUUGAAAUGUUACUGUAAUGUAUUGCAGAAUUUCGAGACUAUAUACGACAAUAAAAAAAGAAUUAAAGAGAAUGACAUAUUUAACUGGACAAUAGGGAAACAUGGAAUUGAAUUGAGAUUCAAAGAUCCACAUGGUUCAAAAAUAAGGUCAGCUACUUUUCUACCCGAUGUUAUGACGGAACAAGGCUGGGAUAAAAGUGAAACGUUCAAGAAUUUGCUGGAAAAGGCUGGUUGUUUGUCCAAUAUAGAUGAAAUUAUGGAACAUUAUGAUCAAUAUUUUGUGGAUGUAGUUCGGUACGAAGGUAAUAAGAGUAGUAUUACAUACAAAGAAUUUAAAGUUGGUUUAGAUAAAGUUUCUGAGAAAUAA